AAUAUCCAACCUGUCGGUAGCCUCAGGAGCCCGGCCAGGCCCCGUUGGGCGAGGAGGGGGGGGGCUUGUAUGGGGAGAGAGGGGGCGAACGCUCGGCGCCAGACCGACGUCCCUUGUGAUGGAUGCAUGAAUAAAAAAAAAAAAUGCAUGGAUGGAAGCCUGCUUGGUGGUUAUUCCCAUAAUGUUUGGAAAAGGUAUCUUUAUUUGUUCCGAACCCAAAUCUUUGCAAACCGAAGCAAUGCUGCCCGCUCAAAUGAACGGAAGUAGAAUUCAUCCAUUCCGGCCCCUUAACAAGUUAUGUUUUCCUUUUUUUUAUCGGUGAUAAUAGUAGUUAACGAACAAAUACAGUACAUUAUAGAAAUAAGUGAAAACACAUUUUAUUAUGAGGCAAUAACAAUGUUUUCCUGGCAGGCACGUGCACAGACAUUUUGGGAGGCUGGUACUCAAGCCAAAAAAUAGGGCACCCAAAAAUUCUAAAUCUAAAUUAUUCAUACAAUUAAAAAAAAAAAAACAGGAGUAUGUGGAUUAUGGAUUUAUUUAUGUUGCCACAAUGCAGUGAAUAAUACAAUUAUAAACAAAGGAGGUGAAGGGAAGCUAAAGGGGAUAUAAAAAGUCUACACACCCUUGUUAAAUUGGCAGGUUUUUGUGAUACAGUAAUCCCUUGUUAUAUUGCGGUUCACUUAUUGUUGAUUCAGUGCAUCGCAGAUAGUAUAAUUACUCACCUCCACAUCUUGGGUUCAGUUAGCUUUGCUGGCUAUUUGCCUAUGAUGUGGCGGCAGUGACUCACAUAAGGACAAAUCGGCUCUUUUUCUUGGAUGGAUGGAAGCCUGCUUGGUGGUUAUUCCCAUAAUAUGUUUGGAAAAGGUAUCUGCAGUGUGGUUUGCAAAAACUUCAUUUGCUCCGAACCCAAAUAGUAAUCGGUAUCAAGGAAGUCUUGUGUUUUUUAUGUCACGUGUUGACUUUUAAGUAUUAAGUGAUGCAUAUCAACUAUGAAGAGCUUCGUGUUUUGGGGAGAAACUCUAGCUUGGGCCGUUAGUGGAAGUUAGGGCAAGUCUUUGCUGCUUUUACAUGUUCACGCGCAUUUUUGCCGUCUAUAUAUAGUUUUAAAUCAAAUCAUCUGCCAUUUAUUUUUAAGGGUAAUGUAAGAUGAGUUUGAAAUGAUAUUGAAGCUAUUGGGUGGGGAUCAUUAUGUGGUAUAUUUAUUUAGCAUGUAACAGUUCUGCCUGUCACUAUACGUCACUGGCAUAGAAAGAUAGUUUGUUUGUAGUAAAUAACUGCUGUUCCCUCUCGCGGAACACUAAUGUGCGAAGGUACAGUGGUUGGGUAUCAGUGAGCUACUGUUUUCUACACGGUCCUUAAUUGAGCGUGCUGCAAUUAGGUCCAAAUAGCCCGCUAUUAGUGCACGCUUCAUCAGCCACGUCACACUUUAAAAAGUCUGCUGCUUUGAUCGCUCUUUAAUACAGUUUCCUCCUUCAAUGCGAUCAUCACAUUGAUUGGCAUUAUCGCAGAGUUUACACACACACACACACACACACACACACGUGAGUCAGUGAGGGAACCGGGUUCAUGUUACCGAAGCCUCCCUCGAAGCCUCGUACACCGGGCAGGGCGUUCCGAGGCUCGGAUCAAAAGGCCGGGUGAAACUGGAGAUGAUGGAAGGGAGGAAGAAUGGACAGAGAGAGCAGAGCGCGAGGCCCAGGAACCGUUUGUGAAAUGCCACCCCACCCCUCCCCCCCUCCCCCCCACAUAUUUAUUUUACACACACUUCAUGGUCAACCUCCAGCACUUUUUAAUGCCCGUUCAUAGUUGUUCCGAUCUCUUUAAGGUGCAUUUUUUUGAAGCGUUCCAGUGCAUUCAUUUGCAUGCACAGGGGGUUAUCAGUUCCCUAUAUACUGUAUGGCAGAAAAGUAAGUAAAUAAAUAAAUCCAUCGGUGAUGAACCGCAAUAUUGUGGGGGAAAACAGAUGUUAACUCGUGUUUAAAGUUAAUUUUCCUAUGGGAAGUAAUGGAAAAGUUAUUAGGUCAAACUGUCACCAUUAUGAAAACUUUAUUGAAUACAGGUAAGUUGUGUAACAUUGCUUAAUGGCCAUCCAGGUAUAUAUAUAUAUAUCGUCGCAGUAAGUUGCAUUUCUGCUAUGGUUGUAUCACUAUUUUCCAAGUCUCGCGUGAUCUCGUGCAUUCAUUGUUCAGUUUUUGGAGAACUUUUGAGAGAUUUUGUCUUUUUUUUUUUUUUUUUUUAAGGCAUUGACCGUGGGUCACCCAAAAUAUGUUGACACUUAAGUAGUAGUAGUAGAAGCAGUUUGUUUGUUGUUUUUUUGGGUCAAUUGUGAUCUGAAAAGCACGGAAGUGUAUUGCAUUCACUUGAAUUAAAAAAAUAAAAUAAAAAACUCCUGUUUUUCUGAAUAAUUUUUUGGAGGGAUUUGUUUUUUUAAUAUUUUUUUUCAGUUUUUCCGAGUAUUUUUUUUCUCCAAGUGAAUGCAAUACGCUUCCGUAGAAAAGAGACUGAUAAAUCAAUAUAUACGCUCAUUAUUAGGUGGUUUAAAAACAGAAAAUCAAUUGGUGGCUUUUGCAUAAACGAUGCCGACGUUUUGAGACAGCUUCUCAUGCAAAAGCAUCAGAAAGUGUCCCUAAACUUUUGAACGCGCUGCACAUUAAUGCGUGUCUUCUGUCUGUAUACAGUACAUGGGUCCUCGUUUUACGACUGAGAUCUGUUCAAAAGCGUACGUAAGUCGGAACAUACGCUAACGCAGUGGUAAAGUCAUAAUUACUUUAUUUGCUUUAAAAAAAAAAAAGGUUUUAGGUCAUAAAUAACAAACUAAAAUCGUGCACGUGUGUACUCGGUGGGGGGUGGGGGGGGGGGGGUCUCAUGACUUCCCUUUUGUUUUUGCUCAAAAGUAAUAGUAAUGUUAUAUGUAUUAUGUUAUAAUAAACAGUCCAACGUGGGAGCAGGGUCAUUGAACGUAUCUUUUCGGCCGGUAUGUUUUUGGGGUUUUUUUUCUUUCUCGGCGUCUUCUGAUUGGUCGCCUACACGCGACCUGCGCGAGGAGGGGGGCCGCGAGACGCGUGCCGCCUUUUAAACGGACGCCGCGUGGAUCUCCAGACGCCAGAGACACGCGACCCGCGCGAAGCCAAACCGUCCCCGGUAUCGUGUUCACCACCUGCAGGAGUGAUUUGCGCGGCGUGGGUGGGGGGGAGGAAACAUGGACGUCCUGAGCGUGGCAGACUGGUGUCAGGACGCCGAGGAGGCGAGCUUUGAAAGCGACCCACGCGACUGGCUCGCUUCCCGCGAGACACGCGACACUUCGGCGGACUACCUCGGACAUUCGCCCUGCUCCAGCGCUGGCUCAUAUCACGAGAGCGGCUCGCCGGACUCCGCGGGCCACCGCAGCCCUCCCAGCGCCCGUAAAGCGGCCGAGGGCUCGCUCAAAGUCCGGGAUCUGUGCCGCCUGAAGGUCCUGGCGGUCCCCGGGGCCGAGCAGGACGCGAACGCCCGGCAGAGGGCCCCGUCCGGCAAGCCCGCCACCGGCGUGCAGCGGCAGAGGCGCGUCGCCGCCAACGCCCGGGAGCGACGGCGCAUGCACGGCCUGAACCACGCCUUCGACGCGCUCCGCAACGUCAUCCCGGCGCUGGACAACGACAAGAAGCUGUCCAAGUACGAGACGCUGCAGAUGGCGCAGAUUUACAUCAACGCCCUGGCGGAGCUCCUGCAGGACCCGGCGGCGUCUUCUUCGGCCGACGGCGGGGCUCCGCAGUCGGCGAGCAACUCCUCCGAAGGUCAGCUGGCCGCGCACAUCGACGCCAUGUCGCUGCACGGCGCCUUCGACGACGUGUCGUUCGCCGCCUUGCAGGUGGAGGAAGCCGGCGGCUCCCCUCCAGCGGCGCAGGCGGACUCGCCCCGCAGCGACGGCGAGUUUUCCCCGCACUCCCACUUCAGUGACUCGGAUGAGAUGGCGGUGGAGGAGGACGAGCUCCACGCGGUUUCUUUCUAAAAUAAUUUCACACACAAAAAAAAAAAUAUAAUAAUAAAUAACACGACAUAAGCAGUGUCAACCAAAUUGUUGUCCAACUUUUUUUUUUCUUUUUCUUUGUGACAUUAAUUUGGUUUCUGCCAAUUUGGAAGUUGCCAGGUCUCAUCGCCAUUUUAUCCCCCACUUUCAACCCCCCCCCCCCUCCCAAAACGCAGUCCAGUCUUCCACUAAAUUGUAUUUUAUUGUUAUGUUUGUGUCAUGUAUUUUGUUUGCAACUUCAAAAGUUCACCAUGUGCACUUUACAAAUGAUGAUGAUGUGUAGCCUAUACGAGCCAGGGGCUUGACAAAUGAUUUUUAUUCCACACCCCACAACAAAAUGAAUAAUAUGUUUGCUUGCUUGUAGCAUAGUACUGCCAACUCUCCCUAUAGAGCUUAUUUAAUGUAGCCAUCAUUUUUUUUUUUUUUUGUACCUAGCCCUUUUUUUGUAUGUGUGUCUUUUGCUUUCACUGGAUGAGAUUAAUUGACAUGUAUAUUUAUUGUUUUGUUUUGAUUUGUUAUAACCUUCUUUUUUU